CCCUGACCUUUGAGCUCCGGUUCCGGCUCUGGCGCGUGCACACUCGCCUGGCCGUUCGGGACCAGCCAGAUCGCGGCGGCCUCGCGGGCGGUCUGGUCGGUGAGGUCUUGGCCGCGGGCGGCAAUGCUGAGGCUGCUGGCGUCCGGGUGCGCCCGGGGCCCGGGGCCCGGCGUGGGCGCGCGUCCUGCCGCAGGGCUCUGCCACCCGGGGCGCCGCCAGAGCCGCCAGGCUUCCGAUGCGCCCCGGAACCAGCCCCCCAGCCCCGAGUUCGUGGCCCGGCCGGUGGGCGUCUGCUCCAUGAUGCGCCUGCCGGUGCAGACCUCCCCCGAGGGGCUGGACGCUGCCUUCAUCGGGGUGCCCCUGGAUACUGGGACCUCCAACCGGCCUGGGGCGAGAUUCGGACCUCGCCGCAUCCGGGAAGAAUCAGUGAUGCUUCGGACAGUCAAUCCUAGCACGGGGGCCCUCCCCUUCCAGUCCCUCAUGGUUGCAGACCUAGGCGAUGUGAAUGUCAAUCUUUACAACCUUCAGGACAGCUGCCGGCGAAUUCAAGAGGCCUAUGAGAAAAUUGUAGCAGCUGGCUGUAUUCCUCUGACCUUGGGUGGAGAUCACACAAUCACAUAUCCCAUAUUGCAAGCAAUGGCAAAAAAGCAUGGCCCAGUGGGGCUGCUGCAUGUGGAUGCGCACACGGACACGACCGACAAGGCCCUAGGAGAGAAGCUCUACCACGGGGCGCCCUUCCGCCGGUGUGUGGAUGAGGGUCUCCUGGACUGUAAGCGUGUGGUGCAGAUUGGCAUCCGGGGCUCUUCCAUGACCUUGGAUCCCUACAGAUACAACCGGAGCCAGGGCUUCCGGGUAGUCCUGGCUGAAGACUGCUGGAUGAAGUCGCUGGUUCCUCUGAUGGGGGAAGUCAGGCAGCAGAUGGGAGGCAAACCCAUUUAUAUCAGCUUUGAUAUUGACGCUCUGGAUCCUGCCUAUGCGCCAGGGACAGGGACGCCUGAAAUUGCUGGUCUCACUCCUAGUCAGGCUCUGGAGAUCAUCAGGGGUUGUCAAGGCCUGAACGUGGUGGGCUGUGAUCUUGUCGAAGUUUCACCACCGUAUGAUCUUUCUGGGAACACAGCCCUGCUGGCGGCUAACCUGCUGUUUGAGAUGCUGUGUGCUCUCCCCAAAGUGACAACCGUCUGAGUCUUGUGCUCUUCAAGACAAAACAGAUUGCGUCGCUGACAAGUUCUCAAGAAGAACUUAUGAGUAAGCAGUCUGAGAACUAAAGAGUUUAUGCCAAGAAAACUUUCUGCUGAAAGUGUCAUUGCUGGCUGUGAAGUCGGGAUAGUCAGUAGAAUUCUCACCCAAACAGCAACAUUUCUAAGGAACUUGGAUUAAUUGGGAAAAAAAAAAAAAAAAAAAGGAGUACUUGUACUGCUUUGAUUUUUUUUCGUUUGAUGAAAGAUGGAGGAUAAAGGGGAAGUGAGGAGAAUUUCUUUCAAGAUUAUCUAAACAUUAGAAACAUGACAUUUAAAAAAGCUAUGAAAUAAUACUGUAUAAGAAUUCCAUAUUUCUAUAUCCUCCUUUUAAACAUUUUUUUUUUUUUUUUGAGAUAGAGUUUUGCUUGUCACCCAGGCUGGAGUGCAAUGGCAUGAUCUCGGUUCAUUGCAACCUCCGCCUCCCGAGUUCAAGUGAUUCUCCUGCCUCAGCCUCCUGAGUACCUGGGAUUACAGGUGCCUGCCACCACGCCUGGCUAAUUUUUAUAUUUUUAGUAGAGACAGGGUUUCAUCACAUUGGCCAGGCUGGUCUUGAACUCCUGACCUAAGGUGAUCUGCCCGCCUCAGCCUCCUUAAAGUGCUGGGAUUACAGGCAUGAGCCACCGCGCCCAGCCGCUUUUUAAAAUUUUGAUGAUCUGCUUCCUAGAGUAUUGAGUAUCUUCCUUUAAAAUACAGCUCCUCCUCGGACGCUGCAGUGAGCUGAGAUCACACCACUGCACUCCAGCCUGGGUGCCAGAGCAAGACUCCAUCUCAAAAAAAAAAAAAAAAAAUACAGCUUCUCCUAUGAGGUGCUUAGGGCUGCAUCUUGGUUUUAGGACCACUGUGAACGUAAGUAAAAAGUAUAAAAUAACACGGAGAGCCUAAUGAAGAAACUUCUUGCUCAGAGGCCUAGAAGGGUACACAAAAUGUCUUCUAAACUAGAAAACCUAAGGCCGGACACGGUGGCUCAUGCCUGUAAUCCCAGCACUUUGAGGGGCCGAGGUGGGCAGAUCACUUGAGGUCAGGAGUUCGAGACCAGCCUGGCCAACAUGGUGAAAACCCAUCUCUACUGAAAAUACAGAAAUUAGCUGGGCGUGGUGGUGCGUGCCUAUAGUCCCAGCUACUCAGGAAGCUGAGGCAGGGGCAUUGCUUGAACCCAGGAGGUGGAGGUUGCAGUGAGCUGAGGUCAUGCCACUACACUCCAGCCUGGGUGACAGAGUGAGACUCCGUCUCCAAAAAAAAAAAAAACAAAAAAACAAAAAAAAAAACCAGGCCGGACCCAGUGGCUCACGCCUGUAAUCCCAGGCCUAGGCGGGAGUAUCACCUGAGGUCAGGAGUUCAAGACCAGCCUGGCCAACAUGGUGAAACCCCGUCUCUACUAAAAAACAAAACAAAACAAAACAAAACAAAAAAACCCCAGAAAACAAAACAAAACUGGAAAACGUCAGCUGGGCUUUUUUUUUUUUUUUCUGAGAUGGAGUCUCGCUCUGUCCCCCAGGCUGGAGUGCAGUGGCCCGAUCUUAGCUCACUGCAAUCUCCGCCUCCUGGGUUCAAGCAAUUCUGCUGCCUCAGCCUCCUGAGUAGCUAGAAUUACAGUCAUGCGUCACCACGCCCGGCUAAUUUUUGUAUUUUUAGUAGAGACGGGGUUUCACCAUGUUGGCCAGGCUGGCAGCUGGGCUCUUAAUGUUACUUACUGUAACUCACUUCCUGUAAGACUCAAUCUACUCUUCAAGUUGAUGUACCCUCUAUGACUGUAAUUCCUGAAAUCUGCAGUUAUGCUGUGGUGAUCUUAAGCGUGUGUUGAGUGCCAUGCAAAUUCAAUUCUGUUGAUAAUGUGUCCAUAAUCAAAUCAUCAUCUUGCAAUGCAAGGGCUACCCCAUAAUUAUCAGACAUUAAAAUAGUUUAUUUCUUUUU